CCAUCAACCUGGCUUCAAGAACUAGUAGUGCAACUGUUCAAGCCAUCACAAAAUAAAAGGAGAGUCGCUAUCCUGUAUAGAAAGCCACGUCUUCCCCAUGCUUUUUUAGCCCUCGACCAGGCUAGAGCAGGACCCGCAGUUACACCGGAUCACGUGGACAUCAGCUGACGUGGAAGUUUAACGUGGAAAAUCAAUUUCUACGGCUCACUUAACGUUCAUCAUCUAAGUUACGCUUGGGGAACCAAAACAAGAACUACCUGACCUGGCUGCACCUCAUUCAAGUAAGUUGUCGACAAGAUGGCCCAUCUCUCAACCCUUUUCAAAUACUUGGACGAACACCAGGAUCUCUAUGUUGAGCGCCUGGCGGAAUGGGUGGCUGUCCAGAGCGUGUCUGCCUGGCCGGAGAAGCGUGGGGAGAUCAAAAAGAUGAUGGAGAUAGCAGCCAAAGACAUCGAGAGACUUGGGGGCACAGUAGAGAUGGUGGACAUCGGCAAACAAAAGCUUCCGUCCGGGGAGGAGAUCCCCCUGCCCCCCAUUGUCCUGGGCCAGCUUGGUUCUGACCCGGCCAAGAAGACCAUUUGUAUCUACGGUCACCUGGACGUCCAGCCGGCCAACCUUGAAGAUGGCUGGGACACGGAGCCCUUCACACUGGUGGAGAAAGACGGUAAGCUCUUCGGAAGAGGGUCCACAGACGACAAGGGUCCAGUACUGGCCUGGUUCAACUGCAUCGAGGCGUACCAGAAGAUCCAGCAGGACCUUCCCAUCAACAUCAAGUUCUGCUUUGAGGGGAUGGAGGAGUCCGGCUCAGAGGGUUUGGAUGAGCUCAUCUUCGCCCGCAAGGACACCUUCCUGAAGGACGUCGACUACGUGUGCAUCUCAGACAACUACUGGCUGGGCAAGACCAAGCCCUGCAUCACCUACGGCCUCCGAGGCAUCUGCUACUUCUUCAUGGAGGUGGAGUGUGGCGAUAAGGACCUUCACUCUGGCGUGUUCGGCGGCUCCGUUCAUGAAGCCAUGACCGACCUCAUCACACUCAUGGGCUCCCUGGUGGACAAGAAGGGGAGGAUCCAGGUGCCAGGGAUGUACGACAACGUGGCUGAAGUCACCGAGGAGGAGCAGCAGCUGUACGAGAAGAUCGAGUUCGACCUGGGAGAGUACUGCAAGGACGUGGGCGUCUGCAAGCUGCUGCACUCCACCAAGGAGCAAAUCCUCAUGCACCGCUGGAGGUAUCCAUCUCUCUCUCUCCACGGCAUCGAGGGGGCGUUCUCCGAUGGAGGGGCCAAGACGGUUAUUCCCAGGAAAGUCAUUGGAAAAUUCUCCAUCCGCCUUGUCCCUGACAUGGACCCCAAAGUGGUGGAGAAACAGGUGGUAGAUUACAUGCAGAAGAAGUUCUCUGAGCUGGGGAGUCCCAACAAGAUGACGGUCAGCAUGGGCCACGGUGCCAAGGCAUGGGUCUCUGACUUCAACCACCCUCACUACAUGGCCGGUCGCAAGGCUAUGAAGACAGUCUUCGGCGUGGAGCCGGACCUGACCCGCGAGGGCGGCAGCAUCCCAGUCACUCUGACCUUCCAGGAGGCCACGGGACGCAACGUCAUGCUGCUCCCCCUCGGGUCCUCAGACGACGGGGCCCACUCUCAGAACGAGAAGCUCAACAGGACUAACUACAUCCAGGGGACCAAGAUGCUGGGAGCCUACUUCCACGAGGUUUCCCUGCUUGAAUAAAUGGAAUAAAACAACACGGCAAUCAAAUAUCAACUCACCUGUUGACUAUGUAUUAUCAUGGACCCUUCUGCCAGCUCCCCUACAGACCUUGGGGCUUCAGUAUUACACAGUAUUGAAUGUCCUUUACUAGCUAGACCUGUGUCUUACAAUAAAGGCUAAUCUUUUCCUUUGUAUGAA